ACAAUGGUCCAUCAACCAUCAACAAAAUAAUUAAUAUUAAUUACAUAAACCAAAAUCCUAAAAAAAUUUUUAACCAAGAUGUUCUUAAAUACAAAGUGAUUACCAAAAAGCCAGCAAAUGAUGAUGUUUUAAUGCUUAACCAUGUAAGAUUUUGUGACAGAAAAGUUGAAAAUAAAAAAAAAGAUUGCAGAUGGUAUAAAGAAACAACAAAAAUAGUUGAAGCUAAAAAGCAUAUUUAUGAACCUCUUAUAAUUGACUCUAUUUUAAUAUCUGUAAACAUGGCUGUAAAGUUAUACAAAUUAAACGGAAACCAAUUUACAUUGGGUAAAGAAUACUACGGACCCGAUUUUAUUGACUGCAUUUCGGAAACGUAUACACACUUUGAAAUUAAAAAUCACAGUAAGAUAGUAAAGGUAAUAAAGAUUUGUUCAAAAAUAAAUUGUGAAAGCCUUCAUUUACCAGAUGAAAACACAUUGUUGUUUAAAAAAUUGGCUGAUUCUAAUACAGAGUGUAGAGUAGCCUACAACAGCAUUUUCAGUUUUAAGAUUCCAGAUGGUGUUGCAAUAACAUUUUAUAGAGAAAAAAAUAAUAAAAAUAUUAUGGGCCCGUUUACUGGUCCAACUAUGGUAUCAGACAAAUACAAGUCAUUUGAGACAACAAUUCAUCAGUUUCGAUAUAUAAAAAUUGAAAAUACUGAUACAAAUAUAUUACAAUUAUGCGAAGGUAAGGACUUCACUAAAGAAUGCGUUUAUUUCUAUGUUGCUAAUAAAAAGUGUAUCUCAGAUCUGUUAAUUAAAAACGUGUUAUCUAUGAAGAUACCAAAAGGAAUGUAUAUAGUCGUAACUAAAGAUGAUUCGACAAAUCGAAAAUUCAUCGAAGGUAAUUUUAAUGUUCCAGAAGAAUGGUAUAAAUUUAAAAAGCUACAAAUGUUUAAUACUAUUGACAAUAGUUAAAAAAAAUUUAUGCAUUUUUUUAAACAUGUAUUAUUAAAUAAAGAAAAUAAAUGAUAACGUUAAA